CUCUCUGGCCCGCUUCGUCUCUACUCCCUUAUCCCGACUGACGUUGGACAACAAAGAUGGCGGCAGGAAGCAGCAAUUAUUGGGAAGACCUCAGGAAACAGGCUCGACAACUGGAAAAUGAACUUGACCUGAAACUAGUUUCCUUCAGUAAACUAUGUACAAGUUACAGUCACAGCAAUGCCCGAGAUGGAAGACGCGACAGUUCUGACACAACACCCCUUUUAAAUGGAUCAAGCCAAGACAGAAUGUUUGAGACAAUGGCAAUAGAGAUUGAGCAGCUUUUGGCAAGGCUUACAGGAGUAAAUGAUAAAAUGGCAGAAUAUACCAACAGUGCAGGUGUCCCAUCCUUGAAUGCAGCACUAAUGCAUACAUUACAACGACAUAGAGACAUAUUACAGGAUUAUACACAUGAAUUUCAUAAAACCAAAGCAAACUUUAUGGCAAUACGGGAAAGAGAGAAUCUCAUGGGAUCAGUACGAAAAGAUAUUGAGUCAUAUAAAAGUGGGUCUGGAGUAAACAACAGAAGAACUGAGCUAUUUUUGAAAGAACAUGACCACCUUCGAAACUCAGAUCGUCUGAUAGAAGAGACAAUAAGCAUUGCGAUGGCAACAAAAGAAAAUAUGACUUCACAGAGAGGAAUGUUGAAGUCAAUUCAUAGCAGAAUGAACACUUUGGCCAAUCGUUUUCCUGCUGUGAACAGCCUGAUCCAGAGGAUCAACCUUAGAAAGCGGCGAGACUCACUCAUCCUGGGCGGUGUUAUUGGAAUCUGCACCAUCCUACUGCUGCUAUAUGCUUUCCAUUGAUGGGACUUCUCUAAGGACUCGACAACCACCACUCUCAUGCCCCAAUCUGGAAUAAGGAAAUGUAGGAGGGAGAAGUUGACUUUCCUAAUAAUUAGCCUGACCAACAGGAUGAAUUCAAGACUGAUGAUGACAGACUUUGUGAUGUGGUCAGGUUGAGCUGAAGCCACAGUUUUUCUGUGCUCUCUUUUCUAACACACAUUUUUUCUGGUUUUAGUU